CAUUUGAUUUGGCUUCAUUUCGAUAAAACAAACUGGAUUGCUUUCAGACUGCUGAAACAGUCGCCAGCGGUUCCUCAAACAACAAUCAAUCCAUUUCAUAAUGCUCCGAUACUUGCGCUUACCUCAAGCGGAUCCCAAUCCGAUUCUGCUGGCUGGUUCACCAUGGCCUAUCACACUGAUUCUGAUGGCUUAUCUGCUGUUUGUCCUAAAAUUGGGCAAGCUCUUCAUGCGGAACCGGAAGCCAUACGACUUGAAAACGGUCCUGAGGGUGUACAAUCUAUUCCAGGUGCUCUACAAUGGCCUGCACUUCGGAUUGGUAUUCUACUAUCUCUUCAUCGUGCGCAUCUGCAAUCUGCACUGCAUGGAGAGCUUUCCCGCUGGCCAUGAACGCAAGCAACUUGAACGCGUGCUGCACGCCGUCUACUUGCUGAACAAGGUGCUCGACCUAAUGGAUACCGUGUUCUUUGUGCUGCGCAAGAGCUACAAGCAGAUCACCUUUCUGCACAUCUAUCACCACGUGUUCAUGUCCUUCGGGAGUUACGCCCUCACGCGAUACUACGGCACUGGUGGCCACUUCAAUGCCGUGGGAUUGCUCAACUCCUUGGUGCACACGGUCAUGUAUAUCUACUACUAUCUGUCCUCGGAAUAUCCCGGAGUGCGCGCCAACAUCUGGUGGAAGAAGUACAUAACACUCACACAACUCUGCCAGUUCUUUCUGCUGCUCAGCUACGCCAUCUAUGUGCGAUUCUUCUCCCCGAAUUGUGGAGUUCCCCGCGGCAUUCUCUACGUGAAUAUGCUGCAAGGCGUCGUCUUCAUUUAUAUGUUUGGUAAAUUCUACAUACACAACUACCUGAUACCUGCGAAGGCCCAGAUCGACGCAAAGCAAUCGUAGGCCUAAGCCAUAUUUGCAUAUACGUAAAUGCACAUUUAAUUAGUCCAUGUAUUUAACUCAGCACUCGCUCUGACUUCUACUUUCUCAAAUGCGACUUCGGACCGCAGCUACAUACUAUGUAUAUCUAAGCUAAACGAAACAAUAAAAUGGUAU